GUAAGUAACAAUUUUUAGAAAUGGGAAAGAAAAAAUUAAUGUUUUUCUUUCUAUAUAGGAAAUAAAUGAAAAUUCAUUAAAACAACUCAAUUUUUAUUUGGAAACUGUUCUAAAGAAUUUGCCUACAAAUCCAACUUCUGUUACCUUUUGUUUGAAAAGUGGAGUGCAGAAAGUUGACAGUACUAAUUUAAACUGAUGAUCUAUAAUCCGGAAAAAUCGAUAAUCCAGAAUCGCCGAAGUCCCGACGAGACCAGAUUAACGACUUUUGACUGUUCUAUUUUUAAUUCAUGAUAUAUUUCAGAUAAAUCUGACUGAUCAUUCUGCCAUUUGAUGCAAGUGGGUGUUUCUUUCAAGCAGGUAAACAUACAGUUACUUGGCAAAGAUCUCCAUCGGGUUCUCUACAAUAUUUUAUCUAGUUGCCAAUUGCCUACAGAAUAUUUAGAUGCUUUACAAAGGUCUAAACCUGAGAAGAAAACUGCUGUCAAGCACAAAGAUUCUUUUGGUCGACAAUUUCAGAAAUUUCAUGCAAGUUGGUGGAAUGAAGCUCGAAGGGUGGCUGAAGACAUUGAGGAACGAAUAAGGAAUGAACCAGAUAUUGAUUUGAGGUUCUGGUUAAACGAUAAUGUAGAUAAAGCCCUUCACAGGCUACGUGCAUGUCAACCCCUCAGAGAUGAAACUGAAAGAUUGUGCAAAGAAUUAAAAGAGACUUUAAAUUUGCAAGAUGUGUUAUGGAACUGUGGCUGGGGUAUUACUCAUUUCAGAGGAUGUCUGCAAAGUUUUAAAAGGCUUACUCUUCAGCAUCCAUCUGAUAUGUGUGUUUUAGCUGGGCGUACUAUUGUCUUCGGUCGACAGACAGGAGUCAGCUUUGAGGGACAUAUUAUUUUAAGUAGUGAAGAUGUUCGAAAUAAUUGGCUUGAUAUGAUCCAAUCUGUCCACCAGUUUGAUGAUUUAUUGAAACAUAUACCCAAUGCUGAAAGAGGUCUCUCUGAAGUCUUGAGAGGCAUUAAUGUUGAUCAUAGGAAAUUUCAACCUACAGUCAUGGUUCAGAAGUAUGUUCAACAGUUGGGGAAACUUACUUCAGCAUUAUAUAAAUACAGAUGGCUUAAUGGAUAUCCUUCAACCUGGCCACGUCGAUUAGACAAAUUUCAGAUUGUAGUGGAAUGUGAAGCUGGACCUUUAAUGUUAUCGCCUACUGGCCAGUUUAUUGUUCCAGCAUCUUGCCCAGCAUUCUUACUUGUGGAUUUUGUCUCGAAGAACAUGAAAGAAGCAAGUGAUCGUCUUGAGCAGUAUAAUUUAAUGAAAACCAAAGAACUGGAAGUUCAUAUGCAGUGUAUGUCACAACUUGGACUAAGUACAUUAGGAAAAGAUGAUAACAUUACUCCUGAUCUUAUGGUCAAAUGUUGCGAGCGAAUAUUGGAGCAUUCAAACUAUUUUGGCUCUAAUUUGCGUGAUCUUAGGUUACGUAUAUCUCAUUAUUAUUCUGUGUUACAGGAUGGUGAGAUAUGUAUUCCUUGGGACUGGAAAACUGUAAAUAGUUGACUACUGUAUAAAAACAGAUGUAUAUUUUUGUAGAGCAUUUUUAUAUAGAUAUUUUAAACAGCGAGAUGCAUUAAGUUAAAAAUAUGUAGCUUUCUUUCUUUUUAUAGAACUUGAAGUUUAAGCAUAUAAUUAUUAGUAUACUGAUAAAUAAAUGUAUAUUUUUGUAGAGUAUUUUUGCAUAGAUAUUAAAAAAAUAUUAAUGAAUGUGCUUAGCUUUCUUACUUCUAAAACUUUUGUGUGAUUUGACAUUUAUAAUAAAUAUUGCAUUUUUCUAAAUUAAAAAUUUUCAAAUACUUUGUGGAUAUGUAUAAACGUGGGUAAUUUUUACAGUAUCUACUUUUUUUGGAGGAAGAGAGUGAGCAGAUUUGUCUAGCAAUGAAUUGAGUUAUUUUGAAAAGUGAUUAAAAGCUAAAUGCUUUAAAAAAAUUGAAUCUUCCAUAAAAUGCACUAAAAAAUAUGCAAAAUUUAAGAUACUUAAAAUUUGUCAAUCAUGUACUUAGGAUACAAUUGAAGACUAUAAGUUAUUGUAACUGGAAACACAAGUAUUAUAAGAGAAGUAUACAGUUUCAAUAAUGUAUAUUUAUUUUGGAAUAUGUAAUAAGUUUUCCAACUUAGGAUUUAGUAUUUAGAAAUACAUUCAUUUAUUUACAAGUUGAAAAUAUCUAUGUACAAAAAGGAAACAUACAGAUGCAGUCAGUCGGGAAAGUGAAAUAUAAAACAGUUUAAGAUUAUGGCAAAUUUUUAUGAAAUUUAAUCAUUCCCACAAUACAUAAACAUAUGUUUUAAGCUGUAUAGAAAGUCAAGUAAUUUGCAGCAGUUUGAAAAUGCUGUGUACGUGCAUAUUUAGUCACAUGGCACACAUCUAUCCAUUAGUCGAGUUCUUGCCAAAUCCGACUUAACUUUGAGGCUGAAAUUUCCAUACAUUUAACAUCUCAAACCAUCUUCCAACUGCGUCAUAAAAAACGUACAAUAUGAUGAAAACUAAUUUCUGAAUUUUCCAUUUUUUUUACCACUGCACUGAAACAAAAAUUAUGCCACAGCACAUGCUAGAGUUAUGCAGUGUGAGCAGAAAAGACCAUGUUUAAACAUCAUCUUCAAUUAAAAUCAUUCCUUAACUGCAGUAACAAAAUAAUUUGAAGAAAACCUGAAUUUGAAAAACCACAGAACUUUUCGGAUGACCAAAUACAUUUCUUUAGAUUUUUCAGUUUGCUUUUUUUUGGUUAAUUAUUGAAAUUGUAUUUAUCUUUUGCAAUUAACAUUUCUGUGCAUUAUAAAUUAUGCAAUUUAACUUAAAUUAUAACAGUACAGUUAUAGCAAAUUGUGAUGGAAAAAUUCAUAAGAAUUAUAGGCUAAAUGUCUUAUGGAAGAUAUCAGUUGAAAUAAUGGCAUUUAAGUUAUGCACAUAUGUUCUGUUUGAUGAAAAAUUUUUGUAUGGAAAUAUCUAUUUAUUUAUAAGUGCUGGCAACUGUCAUCAUUGGAACAUAAAAUGUUUAGUCCAAAA